GGAAAAGUUGACCGUGUCCUUGUGGUAUCAGCCGUGUACUGUCUGACUGACUGCUGGUGAGGACAGGAAAGCCGAGUGCAUUACAGUGUUUCAAAGGUCGGUUUUCAUUUUCUAAAAUGAUGGCAGCAAGGUUUCUCCUUCGUCGUGCGGCUCCUACGCUGAGACACGCGCGCUGCUAUGCCGACGCGCCCGCUGCUCAGAUGUCCUUCACUUUCGCAUCGCCGACGCAGGUAUUCUUCAAGGAAGCCAGUGUAAGACAGAUUGAUGUCCCAACACUGACAGGCAUGUUUGGUAUCCUCCCUGCCCACGUUCCCACACUGCAGGUGCUCCGGCCUGGCAUAGUCACCGUCUUCAGCGAUGAUGGUGCUUCUACAAAGUACUUUGUGAGCAGUGGAUCAGUGACGGUCAAUGCAGACUCUUCAGUGCAGCUACUGGCUGAGGAGGCCGUUACUCUGGACACCCUCGAUAUUGCAGUGGCGAAAGCUAACCUCGAGAAAGCCCAGUCAGAGCUGAUGGGAGCUUCAGACGAAGCAGCCAGGGCAGAGGUUCUGGUCAGCAUAGAGGCAAACGAGGCAAUCGUCAAGGCGCUAGAGUAAAUGCCUCGAGUACUGGUCUCCAGAUUUGUCUGUUCCCCACCCCAGUGAAGUCAGAAACUGCAAAAAUGAACUACUUGGUUUGUACAGUGGAUGGAAUUACUAAUAAAUUUAUUUGGAAGUAAUGGA